UACUAGAAAAAUUUGAAAAUGCUGUUCCUGCAAUAUAUCCUCUUGAUGUGUAUUCUCGACUCCACAUGGUUGAUAGUCUUGAAAAAUUGGGCAUUAAUCGCCAUUUUAAAGAGGAAAUCGAAAGUGUACUGGAUGAUACAUGGAGAAUGUGGCAGCAAGAAGAAGAUGACAUAGUUUUAGAACCCACCACAUGCGCCAUGGCAUUUCGUUUACUACGUUUGCAUGGAUAUGAUGUUUCUUCAGAAGCUCUUGAUCGUUUUUCAGAGAACAAUUUUUGGAUUACCCUUCAGGGUUAUCUCAAGGACGUGGAGGCUGCUUUGGAAUUACAUAAGUUUUGA